CGCGAGAAAGAGACAGAGACAGAGCGCGCGCGAGCUCCCCUGCUGCAGAAAUCGCAGUGAUGUCCACCAGCUCCGGCUUCACCGAUGAGAAAGGAGGCUCCUCCACCGCCGCAGAGCCCGAGUACGGCCAUGACCCGGCCAGCGGCGGCAUCUUCUCCUCCGACUACAAGAGGCACGAUGAUUUGAAGGAGAUGUUGGACAGCAACAAGGACUCUCUAAAGCUAGAGGCUAUGAAAAGGAUCGUUGCAAUGAUUGCCAGAGGGAAAAAUGCAUCUGAUCUCUUUCCUGCUGUAGUAAAAAAUGUGGCCUGCAAGAACAUCGAGGUAAAGAAGCUGGUGUAUGUGUAUCUCGUGCGCUAUGCUGAGGAACAGCAGGAUUUGGCUCUACUCUCCAUCUCUACCUUUCAGCGAGGACUCAAGGAUCCUAAUCAGCUCAUCCGUGCGAGUGCCCUGCGCGUUCUCUCCAGUAUCCGAGUCACGAUCAUUGUGCCCAUUAUGAUGCUGGCCAUUAAAGAGGCAGCUUCCGAUAUGUCCCCAUAUGUCCGCAAGACAGCCGCUCACGCAAUCCCAAAGCUCUACAGCCUGGACCCUGAGCAGAAAGACCAGCUAAUUGAAGUCAUUGAAAAGCUGCUUGCCGAUAAAACCACUCUGGUGGCAGGCAGUGUGGUGAUGGCGUUCGAGGAGGUGUGUCCAGAGCGAAUCGAUCUGAUCCAUAAGAAUUACCGUAAACUCUGCAACCUGCUGAUUGACGUUGAGGAAUGGGGACAGGUAGUCAUCAUUAACAUGCUCACCCGCUACGCCAGGACUCAAUUCCUCAACCCUAACAUUAACGAGUCCCUGCUGGAGGAGGGUGGAGAGAAGGCAUUUUACGGUUCUGAUGAUGAUGAGGACGAUGAAGAAAAGAAGGCUGAGGCAGCUGCCCUUGCUAAGAGGAAGCCAUAUGUUAUGGACCCUGAUCAUAGGCUGUUGCUCCGAAACACCAAACCUUUGCUACAGAGCCGGAAUGCAGCUGUGGUAAUGGCAGUUGCUCAGCUCUAUUUCCAUCUAGCACCUAAAGCAGAGGUGGGUGUCAUUGCCAAGGCCCUGGUGAGGCUGAUGAGGAGCCACAGUGAAGUCCAGUAUGUUGUUCUUCAAAAUGUUGCAACCAUGACCAUCAAAAGGAGGGGGAUGUUUGAGCCAUACCUGAAGAGCUUCUAUAUCCGAUCUACUGAUCCCACACAGAUCAAAAUACUAAAGCUUGAAGUAUUAACCAAUCUGGCAAAUGAAACCAACAUAUCAACCAUUUUGCGAGAAUUUCAGACCUACAUUAAAAGUAUGGAUAAGGACUUUGUGGCCGCCACCAUCCAGGCCAUUGGCCGCUGUGCCACCAAUAUCGGUGAGGUGAGAGACACCUGCCUCAAUGGUCUCGUCCAACUCCUGUCCAACAGAGAUGAGCUAGUGGUAGCAGAGUCGGUGGUGGUGAUUAAGAAGCUCCUGCAGAUGCAACCUGAGCAGCACAGCGAUAUCAUCAAACAUAUGGCCAAACUGACAGACAACAUACAGGUCCCGAUGGCAAGAGCAAGUAUCCUGUGGCUGAUUGGUGAAUACUGUGAGCAUGUACCUAAAAUCGCUCCUGAUGUCCUGAGGAAGAUGGCCAAAAGCUUUACCAAUGAGGAGGACAUUGUCAAGUUGCAAAUCAUCAAUCUGGCUGCUAAGCUUUACCUGACAAACUCCAAGCAGACCAAGCUCCUUACGCAGUAUGUUCUCAACCUGGCGAAGUAUGACCAAAACUAUGACAUUAGAGACCGUGCGCGGUUCAUCCGUCAGCUCAUUGUCCCCACGGAUAAAAGUGGAGCCUUGAGCAAAUAUGCUAAGAAGCUUUUUCUUGCCCUUAAACCUGCACCUGUACUGGAGUCUCCAUUUAAAGACAGAGACCAUUACCAACUUGGCUCGCUGUCUCACCUGCUGAAUACCAAAGCAGGCGGCUACCAGGAGCUGCCCGACUGGCCCGAAUCAGCACCUGAUCCCUCCGUGCGCAACGUGGAGGUUAUUAGGCUGCUUGAAAGAGUCACGAAUCUAACCAGCGUUCCAGAGUGGACUAAAUGCACCAGUAGGAAGGAGCGGAAGGAAAAGAAGGUGGAGAAGCCCUUCUACUCUGACUCGGAGGGAGAAUCUGGACCCACCGAGUCUGCGGACAGUGAGACGAACUCCAGCAGUGGAACAGAGAGCGGCAGUGAGGAAAGCGCCUCAGGCUCCGAGAGCGAUGAGAGCAACGAGGAGUCAGAGUCUGAUGAGGAGGAGAAGGAUAGAGAAGAAGAGAUGACCAAAAAGAAGAAGAAAUUAGAUAAAAUCAAGUCUAAGAAACCAGAGAGUGCAGAGAGUGAUCAAAGUAGCGGAGAUGACCAGAAAAGAGGCAGAAAAGGAGGGAAGGAGCAAAAGAGAAUAUCUGAUUCAGAGAGUGAGGAGGACAGUGACUCUGAAAGCAGUGAGUCGGAGUCAGAGUCAGAUGAUGAGUCAGACUCAGAUAUAGACACCAGAAAGAAGAAGACACCUGCAUCAAAAACACCACCGGCAAAGCAGACCAAAAAAGAGAACAAGAAAGAGUCCAAGGAAAUGUCUCUGCUCGAUCUGGACGACUUUGAGCCCAGUCCAUCACCUCAGGUGACCCCUGUUAACAACUUCCUGUCCAGCAGCCUGGUGGCAGAUCUAGAAGGACUGUCACUGACUGACACUGUACUCGCCCCCAGUACCAUCGCCCCAUCAGGCUCGAUGAGGAUGUAUGAGUUGCUGCACCGCAUCACAGGGGAGGGUCUGGGGGUCGAGUACUGCUUCAGCAGGCAGCCCUUCAGCCCUGAUCAUAACAUGGUGGCUGUGCAGAUCCAGUUCACCAACAACACCAGUUCAGAGACCAAGAAUCUACACAUUGAAGAACCCAAAAUGCAGUCUGGUAUGAGGAUCAAGGAGUUCACCGAAAUUGAGGUUUUACCUGCAGGCGAAUCUGUUACCGUUGUAAUGGGCAUUGAUUUUUGCGACUCCACACAAGCAGCCAAUUUCCAGCUUUGCACUCACACUCGGAAGUUCUUUGUGUCCAUCCAGCCACCAGUCGGAGAACUGAUGACUCCUGCUUUUCUGACAGAGAACGAGUUUAAGAAAGAGCAAGGUCAGCUGAUGGGAAUGAAUGAAAUCUCAGAGAAGCUAAGUCUGGGGGAGAAGUGUCGGAGUGAUCACGCUAUCGUAGAGAAAGUCACUGUGACAGCUAACCUUAGCAGAGUGCCCUGUGGCUCUGAGAAAGAGUGCAGUCCUCCUUUUCCUCCUCCUCCCUCACCUGUGUCCAGGUUUGCUGGGAAGACGGUGAGCAGCGGCUGCCUCGUGCUCGUCACUGUGGCGAGGAAGGAGACCGGAGAAGCCCAGCUCACUGUGAACUGUGAGAAGAUGGUGAUCGGUACAAUGCUCAUGAAGGACAUUCUUCAUGCACUGACGCAGUGAUGACCGAGCAUAUAGUGUGCAAAAAUCUGUAGCUGUGUGUAGCUUUGACUCUGUGUGCUGACCAAUUUUUGUCACUUACUACACAAUAUCACACCUAGUAUACACAACCUAUUAAUAAUAAUUAUAGAGUUAAAUUACAGUACUUUCCCUGAAGAGCUGAAAUCUAAAUAUGAUCUACAUUAAACCCUGGAAAUGAUCAGUAUAACCUUAUUUGGCUUUACUGAUUUUUUUUCCUUAGGUUUGUUGCAUGAUAUGACAUCUGUCCCAGUUGUUACCAUUCCCAAAUGACUAUUUGUCUAUUUUAAAUUUGUAUUUACUUUUACUUUACACAAAUAGACAGUUUAACCUUACCGUAUUAGUGUAGAAAAUCCCAGCUACCGGAUGUGACUAGGAUAUCCUGCUGAAAAGAACACAUGGCUGAACACGGUCUUGUUUACACGGCGACAGCCUGAAAUGGAGCUCCAGCGAUUAUUUAAGCUUUAACUAGCAGUCACAUUUAUUAGGGGUCAUUUCAAUUAUGCAUACAAUAAUUUACAAUUCAGACUGUUCAUGCAUUAAUCUUCUCCUGCCUGGUACUCGCUGUUACGUAACUCUUGUGUUUGUGUGAGAUAGUUAUUAUUUCCAUGUGGCGCGUUCAAGUCAAACCAGGACUUGAUUGUGCAGAAUAACAGAACCCAUUUUUUAGAGCAUACUGUAGACAAGUAUGAUCGCACUCCCCGCUUUACAUCCGAAACACUGGCCUCCCAGAAAUUCCUUAAAUGAAGCAAACGUGGAAAACACUGUGAAAAGUGCAUUAGUGAAGCAAGGGAUCAUAUAGAGAAAUAAAAGUCUUUACUCUCAUAACAAUGUGCUUUUGUUCUUCACAAUCAAAGGUCCCGGUUUGACUUGAACGCCCCUCGGAAGAACAGCUUUGCUUGCACUGUGCCGACGAGCGUCCUGUUGCUUGUAGCGCUAUGAUAACUCAACACUUUGCUGCUUUUAACAACUCCAUUGACAGUAACUGGAUAUGUUUGAGGCAUGUGCACCAACUUUAGUAAUGCACUCUAGACGUCUUAUAUAUUCUAGGUUAUUUUGUUAUUCAUAUAGGUUUGUUUUUGCCUAAAACAACAACAAACAAACACAAAAAAAGAUUAUGAUUUGAUAAUGAUAUUUAAAGGCACUGUGUGUUUGUCCUGUGUUAAACCAACCUGCGCAGGUGUUGAGUGAGUAAAUAAUAUAUAAUGCUUUUUAUCGUGAGAACACUACAAUGAGGCUUAAUGGAGCUUUGCUACUAUCCACCCACAUCCAGCACUGUAUUCUGGGCUAGUAUUUUAAUUUUAAUUAAAUUUUUUUUUAUUAUUAAUGUUCUGUUGUAUAGCAGAAGCUUUGUUUUAUGUUGUUGCCCUGACCUUUGAGAAUCCACGUGAUUGCAGCAUGGAAUGUGAUUAUUAUUUUUUUCGUAAAUGGUUUUGCUAUAAACAGAGAAUAAGGAAACAAAUGGCUCAGAUAAUUCAUAUUCCACUUUGUCAGUUUGAAGAACCAACUCAAAGUUCUCUCCUGGCUGAUAUAAAUGUAUGAUUUUAGACUACAUGAUCUUAGGUCUUCAUGUACUUGCUGUGAGAAUGUGAGAUUUGUUUUAUUUAUUUGUUUUUUAAUGUCAUUAAAAAUGAAACAUGCAGUCA